GGGACGCGUGCGGUGCGCUUGCCGCCGUUUUUGAGAGGGCUGCCGGCGCGGCGUCUUACGAAGAGGCGCAUGCCAACUUUUGUGUUAGGGCAUUGGCACGGCUUCGUUGACGGCCGCACGAAUUGCCGCAGCGCAAGAGCCAGGGAACGAUGCCAGCACCUCGAAGGAUACGACGUGCCAUCGUCGUUUUCGCCGCAGCGAGCGCGCUUUCACCGGGCGCCAAACAGCUGGCUCAGAGCAGGAGGCCAAACUUUCGCCGCGCGCGGGGCGUAGAGCCCGGCGCCGCCGCCGCGCCGUUUAGACCCCGCCGCAGCGUCGCCUGCCGCGCCGGCAACGACGACGACGCCCCCCAACCCGCGUUCGGCGCGGAAAGAAGGAGACGGCGACCGGCGCUGUCGAACCUGGCCAGUGUACAAAGGGGCGUGGACGAGAAGCCGCCCUUAGAUGACGACCGACCACCGACAGGAGCCGUGCUCGAAUCCCUGGUGGCGGGAGAGAGGGAACUCUACGAGUCGACCCAUGAAAGAAUAGGCGCGGGACUGAAGGAUUUGACGAACUGGGCGGGCUUCAUGUUCCGAGCCAACGCCAUGGGCCUCACGGAGCAGGUCGAUUUGUCCAAGUCCGUGAAAGAUAGGAUACGGCACGCGGUAAGCGUGGCGAAGGGCGAAGCCCCCGCGAUCAUUGAGAAGGACGAUUCUGACAUCGAGGACGACUGGGCCGACAUCCACGCUGAUUCUCUUGGUGUAGAAGAGGACGAUGACGAGCUGGAACCGUAUGAGAGGCGAGAAAUGAGAGAAGACGACGACCUCGACAUGGUCAAAGUGGAUUUGGUUGCGGACGACGUCACGGCGGAGGAGUGGGCCGAUAUCCAGGAGGCGGCCUUCGAGGUGGACACGGCGGUGAUCGACGAUACGGUCAUGAAGGGCAAGUGGACGAUCAAAAAUGGGAAACCUACGUUCAAGCCCUGGCGCUUCUGGCCCGCGAAGACGGCCGAGGAGCAGUUCGCCGAGGCGGAGGCCAUGGACCGCGUCUUGUCCGCGUUGCGGGGCGAGGACCCGGACGAGAUCGAGUAAGUGUUAAGUACAUCCA